UACGCGAUAGAGCGCGUUGUCCGGCUACUAAAUUUUGUAGCUUUUGAUUUGUUUGUUGCUUGAAACUAAAAUUUUUGGAAAGUUUUUGUAAUUAUAUUGUUAUUAAGAAAAUUUUAUAAAUGUAUUGUUAUUUGUAUUAAAUUUGUAAUUAUAUAAGCAUGUUUUAAGCAUAAUUAUGGAUUUAUCAGAUCGUACUUCUCUGUUUUUUAACCGAUUUUGGUUAUGGAGGUUGUCUAAUUUUCCUGAGUUUGCUACCUCUAUCGGUUGUCAUACCUAUGAUGAUAGACUAGAUGAAAUGAGCUUAAACUCUUACCAAAGACGAGAAGAUGAAGCAAAAGCAAUGUACGAAGAAUUGCUUGUCAUUAUCUCUCUUACUAAUAAUGAAACAGAUUCAACUUUGACCCUUAAUCUCAACCUUUUAAAAAUUGACCUUGAACAGUUUUUAUUAGGAACAAAAUAUUGCUCUUAUCUUUGGCCAUUGAACCAGCUGGAGGGCCCUCAAUCUGAUUUUCCAAGAUUAAUAAGCUAUAUGAAGAGAGAAUCUCUUUCUGAUUUUAAAAAAAUUAUUAAUCGUAUGCGUAAGUUUCCUCAGCAAGUUGAUGAAAUAAUCUACCUGUUAAAAGAAGGUGUUCGUAUUGGAAUGACACUCCAUGCUCUCUCAGUUAACCCUGUAAUAAGUUCUUUAGAAAGUUUGUUAAAAGUUCCAAUCAAAAGCUCAUUGUUUUUUCAAAAUUUUGAAGUAUGCCCAGUAGAUAUCUCGGAAAUUGAUUGGGAAAAUUGUGUUAAUGAAGCUGAAUGUGUUAUUGAACAUGAUUUGUAUUUUAGUUAUAAAAAGUUGCUUUCGUAUCUUGUAAAUUUUUAUUUACCAAAUACCCGUUUUGAUGUUUCUAUAUCAUCUGUUAAAAAUGGUUUUGAAUUUUAUGAAGCAUGCUUAAAAUUUCAUACAUCUACAAGCAUGUCACCACAUGACAUUCAUGCUAUUGGAUUAACAGAAGUUAAAAGAAUUAAUCAAAGAAUGAUAAAUGUUAAAAACAUGUUAGGAUUUGAAGGUUCUCUGCAAGAUUUCCAAAUUUAUCUAAAAGAAGAUGUUAAGUUUAGCUUUUCUAGCGCUGAUGAAAUGUUACACUAUUACGAAACAAUAUGUAAUGAGGUAAAAAGUGUUUUACCAAAGUUUUUUACCAAAGUUCCAAAAGCAAAUUUUAUUUUAACCAAAAUGAAUGAUGUUGUAGCUCCUACCAUGCCAAAUGCCUAUUAUCUUGCACCUUCUGAAGAUUCAAGCAGACCUGGUACAUUUUUUGUAAACACCAGUAAAGUUGAAAUGAAGAGAAAGUUUGAAGCUAUAUCUUUAGCUCUUCAUGAGGCUGAGCCCGGACAUCAUUUGCAAAGUGCUUUGACUAUGGAAUCUGGUUGCUUAGUUGAGUUUCGUAGGUUUUUAGAAGAUCGAAAGUAUUAUGAAUCACCUGCACGAUUUGGUUUAAAUACAGCAUAUGUUGAAGGAUGGGGUUUGUACUGUGAGUUUCUUGGUGAAGAAAUGGGGUUAUAUAAAGAUUUAUACGAUCUCUAUGGAAGAUUGUCUAAUGAAAUGCUUCGCGCUUGUCGCCUUGUGGUUGAUACUGGAAUUCAUGCUUUAGGAUGGAGUAGAGAUAAAGCCAUAGAAUACAUGACAAAACAUACGGCAACUGACUCUCACACAAUUUCAACAGAAAUUGAUCGUUAUAUUACCUGGCCUGGUCAAGCAUGCGGAUAUAAAAUGGGAGAAAUCAAAAUUAAAGAAUUAAGAAAUAUGGCUGCUGAAAAUCUUGGUGAAAAAUUUGAUCUUAAACAAUUUCAUGAUUUGGUUGCAUCUAUUGGAGGGGUUCCAUUAAACAUUCUUGAGAAGCAAAUUAAAAUCUAUAUACAAAAUAAACUUAAAUGACAUUUCAGAGUUUUAAAAAGUAAUAUUUGUGUUUUGUAUAGUAAUAUAUGUAUAUUUUAUUACAACAGGAACAUUAGCACAAUAACAAAUUAACACAA